AUGCCUCGUCAACGUAUUCACGUCGACUGGAAAACUGUUGAAGGGGCAUUUAGUAAACCUCGAAGACUUCACUUAGAAAAUGAUAAAGAAGGUCUUUUCCAUUGCCCCGCACUUGGCUGCGAACAUAAUGGUUUCGCGAGUCAACGAGGCUGUCGAAAGCACGUCAAAACAAAACAUCCAUGGUAUAUAUAUUUUGACACGAGGCCCAUAAUUUCUGCAGAGAGCUAACGAAAACUUGAUGUGAAUCAGUCCUGUUCGUCGGAAAGCAAACCAACGCUGCCGUGUUGUGCUACAAAUUCACAAUUGGCACGAUUAUUUUCUUCAUGGCUACAAAGCACGACCGGUGGCGGAAGGCAAGGGAAACAUGCUGAAAUCUCGGUAACUCGAGCAUUUAAAUUCUUGAAGUAUUGUUGUGAACAAUCGGGCGAGGAUGAACAAAACCUGUCGUCGAAUGUCCAACUUGUGGAUUACUUUUUGUGUUCUUCCAAAUUUCUAACAGAUUUUCUUGAUCACCUCGAAAGCACCUGGCAAAUGGGUCAAUCUGGUCGACUCGGCUACGUAAACAGUAUCGCUGACCUCUUAGAUUUCCGUCGAUUCCAUGCACCUUCAGGGCCCGUACUUCAAAUUUUUUCCAUUACCGAAGUAUACAUAAAACGUGCAAGGCAAUGCUUAGCAAAGCAGAUGCGUUCUCACUGGACGACAGACUUAGAUAUUGCAAGUCUCGAAUCGAAAAGAAGUUGGGCUACGCUUGCCGAACUUCAGACAGUAAUUCCCUUUCAUUUACAACGCUACAAAACAAUCUUAGAAGAGUACAGGAAAAAAUCUUUUGUCACUUCAAGCGACUUGACUUUUGCUACAAGAUUUGUUGCCGUCUUUAUGUUUGUCAGAGUGAAAGGAUGCCGACCGAUGACCUACCAGCAUUUGACAGUCCGUAUGUUUGAAAGCGCAAAGACAAACGCUGGAAUGGUCGAUCAAACCAUUUUUAAAACGGCGCAAAGAUAUGGGUUCAAUUCUCUUUACUUCGACGAGAUGAGCUUGGUAAUUGUCAAUGAUUACGUUCAAUACGUGCGACCCCUGCUGAAACCACAAUGUGAAUAUUUGCUAGUAAAUCGAAGCGGUAGUCAAUUUCAGAAGCUCACUGAGUUACUUAGCGUUUUCGUGUUUGAAGCGAUAGGCAAGUACAUUCACCCGACGAGGUACAGGCAGAUUAUUGAAACGGAGAGCGUAAACAAUUUAGAUUUGGAAGAACAACAAUUGGUAUCCGAGGACCAAAAACAUAGCUCAAGCGUGGCGAGAGUUCACUAUCAGAAGCUGCGGUCUCGGGAAGUAGCGUUAAAGGGACGAUCAUCCAUGGAAAAACUGCGCGGAGACCAUGGCAGAGCAAUGGACAUUUGCGUACAGCAAUUGAGACAGCAAGAUUCCAACGUGGGAAUUGAAGUGAAAGACAUGGAAACCGAAGGCGAUGGUGAGAAGGCGUCAUCUCAUUCAAGCGAAGGGGAGAUUGAAAACAACGAUGAAAUGCUACGAAAAAGCAGGGUUAAAGUCAGUUUUACACAAGAGGAGGACAAUUAUCUUAGAAAAGGGAUAGUAAAGUUUGGUAUGCGCUGGACUACAAUUUUAAACUGCCCGCUGUACAAGUUUGAACAAUCCAGAGCACCGACAACAUUACGAAUGCGCUGCCUCGUCCCCAGGCGCUAAUAAAAAAUUUCAUGCGAGUCACUAUAUGAAAGGUUUACAUGAAGUAGUGCAUCAUGACGAGCAAGCGCAGGGAGUUAUGGGCUUGAGGCACCGAAAAUUGAGGAGCGCCUGGGAGAUCUUGUGCCGUUUCUUGCAAAAUUCGUCUGUUUCUUGCAAAUCGUGGUUUUUCGACAGUUUGGAGGCUUUUUUCGCCAUUUUUUUUGAGGAAACAACAUUUCAAAUUGUUCAAUUAAACAUGUGAUUACAGUCAGAUGAUAUUUGAUAUCUUUUAACGCUUUGAAUGAUUCCGAGAUGUCAACACUUGAAGAGUUCUACGGGGCUGUAGAAGCCGGUUUAUAUAAUAAAUUUACAAGGUAUGGAAAAAUGACAAUGUAUUUUUAUCACGAUGAGCAAUUUAUUUUAAAAAUAUACAGCUACAAGACGUUUUUUAAACAAGGGAGCGAUGAAACUUUAUUUUGAAUUGUAUUUGCAAGAUUCGUCUCAGGAUUUCAGUUACAAGCUUAUUUACAUGCAGUAUGUUUGAUUUUCACAAUGCAAACGAUCGGCAAUAUUUUGAAUAAUUCAGGUAAGGAUAGCUUUAUUUCUUUCUGGUGAUAUACAUGAAGGGAUUUAUAUUUAGAUCUGUUGUUUACUUGUAUGUUCGACAGCUAUUAUACAAGAUCGGCCAGGCGCUACCCAGAACGCUCAUAUCCCACUGUCCUUUGCGCGCGCCUAUAAUGUGACGCACUACUUCAUGUAAACCUUUUAUAUAGUGAUUCGCAAAUUUUUUAAUUAGCGCCUGGGGACGAGGCAGACGAAUGCGUGCGAAAACACUUAAAUUAAUAUACACUCGAACUGUAGUUGUUAAAAUUAUAUAAACUUAUUAUUGUUAACAAAACUGUGUAUGAAAAAAAAAUCAACAGCUUGAGUGUAUUUGAAUGUGUUCUUCUAUUAAAAACAUUGUGCGCACUUAUAUGACACCGAUUGUGUGGAAAAUAUAAGUUGUGAGACAACAUAAAUCAGGGGGAAAAUGUCAUGAAAAUACUUCUAGGCAAGCUUUCUGCAAAUUAAACAAACACUGUCUUUAUAUUGAUCAAAAACUUCUAUUUGUAAUACAAAAGAGCAAAUGCAUGCAUGUACCCACUAAAUAUUUUGCAAUAUACGUAUUUGUACAAGCAUCUAUAUUUAUGUAAUAAGAGUAUGUGUAUAAUAUGUCAGGAUAUUAUCUUGUGCAUUUAUGAAAACCCUAUAGCCGCGUUUAGCUCUGAAUGUUAGACAAAUUGAUAUAGCGCGAAUAAAUAUUAUUUAAAUUAUCAACUACCGUAUUUACUCGUUUGAGCGCCGCGGCGCUCUUUAAAUUUUCAAAGCUUCAGAUGCGGCGCUCAUUCGGGGGCGGCGCUCAAUCGGGGGCGGCGCUCUUUAAAAAAAUCUUUUAUUUGUGAAUUAUAUCAAGAACUUUUAACAAUAAAAUAAACAAGUUUUGAAUGUCUUUGUCACUAAAUGUCCCCAUUUUGAUGGUGGAAAAUUAUUACACUGUUUAGCGCGGCGCUCAUUCGGGGGCUGCGCUCUUUAAAAAAAUCUGAUCUCAAAUGCGGCGCUCAUUCGGGGGCGGCGCUCAAACGAGGACGGCGCUCAAUCGAGUAAAUACGGUAAUUAAACUAUACGAUUAAGUUGUGUGCUCUCGAUCGGAACGAUUGUUGCUGAUGUCGCAACAUAUAAUUGUGAAAGGGGGAUUUCCCUUUUUUCAUUACAACGAUUCGGUCUCCGAGGCGAUCCGAUAUUUACGGAACAAACCGAUCCUAUUCCAAAGAAGAUCCUAAAAAUUAAGGGAACCGAUGAUUCUUAUUCAAUUGUGUGA